CUACUUGCACGACUCGAGGGCAGAAGCUGUCUGAAGAAUCUUGAACCUUAUCUCUUUGCUGAGGAAGGAUCUCCUGUGCAUGGAGAUGUCAUUGAAUUCCAUGGUCCAGAAGGAACAGGAAAAACAGAAAUGCUUUAUCACCUGCUAGCUCGCUGCAUCAUUCCAAAAUCAGGAGGAGGACUGGAAGUAGAAGUCAUGUUCAUCGAUACAGACUACCAUUUUGACAUGCUCCGCCUAGUCACCAUCCUGGAGAACAGAUUGGCGCAGAGGACGGAAGAAAUGAUAAAGCGAUGCCUGGGAAGGCUUUUUCUGGUGAACUGCAGUAGUAGCACUCAGUUACUCCUCACUCUCUACUCUUUAGAAAACCUGUUUUGCACUCACCCCUCUCUCUGCCUUUUGAUCGUAGAUAGCAUAUCUGCUUUUUACUGGAUAGACAGAAGCAAUGGCGGGGAGAGUCUUAACUUGCAGGAGAUGAAUCUGAGGAAGUGUGUGAACUUUCUGGAAAAGCUAGUGAGGGAUCAUCACUUAGCCCUCUUCGCGACAACCCAGACACUUAUGCAGAAAUCUACAAACUCUGCAGACAGCUUUUUUCCUUUAAAAUUUCAGCGUGAAAGCGAUACAGACUAUCGACCUUAUCUUUGUAAAUCAUGGCAACAGCUGGUAACCCACAGGAUAUUUUUCUCGAAGCAGUGUAGUUCUGGCAACAGCAAAGGUUUUACAGUCGUUUCUUGCCACCUCAAAAGAAACCAGGUAGUAAAACGUUCAUUUGGCAUUGCAGAAUGUGGAGUUCAGUUUUAACUGAGGUUUGUUUUUUAAUUGUGCAGCAAAUCCUGGUGCUUAAGGCCUGAUUAGGUCUAAGUAGUUUUUAGAACCUUUUUAAACUAAUUGGCUGUUGCUGGAUGAUUAACAAGUUUUGUCACCAUUUUCUUAAAAUUCACUGAAGGGCAGGAAAUGGUAAAACUUUUGAAUUACUGUAGAUGUUCAGUCCAAGCUAGCGAAGAAUGUUGAAAUUACUUGUUUGUGCUUAAUGCAUAAAGAGGUUAAAUCAAGAA